CUUAAGUUUAAUUUUGCUAAAUUUACAACAACAAAAAUUAAAUCAUCAAUAACGCCCCAAAUUAUUAAAAAAAAAACAAGUUAAUUCUAACAAAUAAUGCAACAAUCUGCGCACACCUAGGUUGGCAAUGCUGAUUAUAAAUUCAAAUGUCAAAUUUUUGAGCUGGGCAUUUUUAAAUUGAAAAAAUUUUGUAUACUUUUCCGAUGUGGAACGAAAGUUCUUCCGGUUUUGGUGAAGAGUCCCCGAUUCUCUUCAAGCCGGUGAAAAAAUUGAGUCAAGUACCUAAUACUUACAUAUUUCUCGAAGACGUUCAUAAAAAACUGUUACUCCAUUUGAAGAAAUCACGACUGAUGUCGCAAGACACCUUAAAAUCGUAUUUGGAGCAAAUUAAAACRAUGGAUCCUCACGACUGCAAAAGCAAAUGGUUAGUGAUGAAAAUCAAAGGUCUAUUGAAGUUCAUUUUGAAAAGACGUUGCGAUUUUCAAAAAUCGAUAGUGAAGGGUGAGAUUACAAUUUAUGAGAAAUCGAUUUCAAGCGAUAUUUUUACUGAAACGUUCCGAGACACAAAGUGUAGUCAAGCAAACAGCGRUAUGUCCAUCCAAAUGCCUUCAUAUUUACUUUCAAACAAUAAUUUUCUCACUCCUGAGAAAUUUAAUGUGAACAUGGAGAUUGAAAAUAGUUACGAUUUUUCGCAAGACAUGUUUUCGGAAAAGCUGGGGCCUUUGCACAACCUUUCCCAGGAGAAUUACAACAUAUUCAAAAACGUUAUUUUUGCGGAUGCUUACAAAGAAGAGCAAGUGAUAAAAAUGGCGUCUAUGGUAAAUAAAAUUGACGAUGUAUUCCAAGUUCACGAGCAUUUGGAAGAAAAUUACAAUUCUCUGAUCACAUUAACACAAAAUAUGAGCGAUUCUGGAGUCUUGGAGACUGGAAUGGAAAAAAUGAGUGAGGAAAGUUUUGAAGUUGGGGUUAACAUAUUUGACAACUUAACUGUGACUAAUGACGAGUUGAAAAGAGAUUUUGAGAAAGAACUUAAAAUUAUAUCGAGCUGGAUUUCGGAAAUUACUUACAAUUUGAAGCAUUUGAGAGUAAAUGAGAGUCCUGUCACGAUAGAUUCUAAAGAAAACGCUCAAGUGUUGAAUGAGAGUAGUAAUAGUGUUGGAAGUUUAAAAAUAAAGCCGUACUAUAGUGACGAAAACUUUAAGAUUAUAAGAGAAGCUUGUUGUACCUUUAAGGAGAAUCUUAAAAAAUCGCAAGAAAACGCCAUUUUAAAAGAAUUGCUUGACCUUUCAUCUUAAGUAUUUUUAGCAUUAAUUUAAGUAGAAUAAAACCUAUUUUUUCCAUAGUUUAUUUAGACGAUAAAUAGGCCAAUAAUAACAAUACUUUUCAAAUAGUAUAUACAGACGUGUAAACAACAGUUGGUGCAUUUAAUAUUGCGAGAAUAAUCAGAUCGUAAAAUUGUGCGCGUAAGAGAUAAAAUAUCCGAUAUCACAUUAAAAACUGAAUUUGCCUCUAACUUUAAAAAACCCCAAUGAAUUCCGAUUGUGUAUAACAGAUCCAAUUCCCACAUAACUAUUCAAAAUUAUAUCCCGUUCUUGUAUAAUGCAAGGCUCCUGAUUCGGUUCAUUAUUUCUCGGUAAGUCGGCAAUAGCUUUUGAGAUCUUUUCGAUAAAGGAGUCUAACGAGUAGAGAUUUUUUAGUUUUUCAUCGACGCAGUCUGGA